AUGAACUGGGUCGGCGGCAGCCGGAGCAGAAUCAUAUUAAAGCAAGAAAGGAGAAAGCAAAAGGAAUUCUUUGAAAAGAAGAAACUUAAAUCAAAGAUGAAGCUUCUGGGAGUAUCAUCUCCUAAAAGUUCAUCAGUCAGUUUAGAUCUCCUCAAUCUAUAUGUUGUUAACCAGAUAUCAACCAAAACAGGCAACACCGGGAACAUGAGGAAGCCAGUCCACAUUGAUAUCACUGAAGAUGUAAAAAUACCUGUCAGGAGGCACAACAUAGACCUUCCCAGGUCACCAGUGCGUACACAACACGCGUCAAACUUAGAGGACCUCCAGAACAGGUUACAAAAGCAAGUAUUGGACAGCAGAAGGCAGCAUCUCUCAGAGAAAGUAAAAUACCAGCAUAAUUUAUCACAAGUAACAGAAUUAACAUAUGCUGGCUCUAGGAUGGAACAGGAAGGCAAUGUAGCAAGAGCUUUUAGUGCCUCCCCAUUGUCCUAUUCUGUUUUCUGGUCCUCUAACUCUACACAGUUGUCCGAAAAAAAUUUCAACCCAAACCUAAUGGACAACACUUGGGAGCAAACCUAUGAGGAGAAGCUGCGAAACCAGCCAGGAACUAGUUCUGAUCAAGACCCUUGGAUUACAAAACCUCCAAGCCAGUAUGUUUUCAGGAAGUCUGAUACACUGCCUCAGGAACUGUUUAAGCCACUGCAUAGGCAAGACUGUAUGAAUUCUGCCAGGAGAAAUCUAAUGAUAAUGACCUGUAACGAAUCAGAAAACAGUGAAGGAAUUAAAGAAGCAUUGUUUGAUGUUGUGAAAGAAACUGCACAACUGGAAUCUCCCCAAGAUGGAAGUGAUUGUUCUUUUCUGGCACUGUUUGAAGAUGAGAGACAACCUAUCCAUAAUAAUCCUUCCACAAAGGAUUAUUUAAAUCCUUUUGCUAACCAAAGCAGUACUGCCUUUUUUUUUGUUGAUCCUGAUGAUAAAAAUCAAAUGGCCAACAGCAAUUAUCCUUAUGAUCCUUAUGAUACUAGAGAGGCAAAAAGAUGUUCUGCAGGCAGACACCUUGAAGGCAUUUUCACAGCUCCAGAGGAGGUUCUGUUUAACAGUGCCCCAAGUGCAAGCUACAAGAAAACCAGUGGACUUCAUAAAAGCCACCUGCAGGACUGUUAUGAGGGACAGCACUACUCCAUCCUCUCUGAAAAGAAAGAGAAACCUGCAAACCUUGAAAAAAUUGAGACAUUUGCUUAUCACCCUGAUCAGCAGAUUAAUUUAAAGGAGAAUGUGCAGAACAAUUCAAGAAGAAAAAGGUGAGACAAGUCUGUGAAACUAUCAGUCUGGAGACAGAACCAGCUCUUCGGAUUUGAAGAGUUCACACCAGCACAAGAGAGAGAGUAUAAGUCUGGAAUGAGUUCAGAUCUUCACAAGAUGGAGAAGGACGCAGAGUCAUCACUCAGCAGCCAGUCUCCCAGUUACUCUCCCAAGCAGACAGAGAGCUGUUUCAGUUCUAGUCCCAACACGUCUGAAGAGGAAGACGCAGCCAAGAAGAAAAACUCUCUGCCUGAGCAGUCCGUGAGGAGAGAUGAUGCCAACCUGGUCUCAGGCUCAGCAAGCACAGACAGCGUUUGGACUAGAGAAGCAGCAAACCACCGUCAGGAGAAAGGCUCCCUCUUAGGUGCCGCAGAGGAGGAAAAUGAAACCCCCACCACCCUACCUGAGGGCAGCCCGUCACCCCUGGAAGGGCAGCAAGGCCCUUGCAGCGCCAGGUGUGACAGCUGGGUGCAGACGGAGAGCUCUCUGACGGAGGUAAGGAAAGUGGAUGUUGGCACCCAGUGUGACGCCUGGCGGGUGUGCUGCUGUGGGAGCUCCCUCCCCUCUGCCCGCAGCCCGGCGGGAUUCCCUCCCGCCCGCGCCACAG